UUGGUGUAGUUAAUUUAUGAGUAUUAGAACAGUAAUCAUGUGUUUAUGCUCAAAGAGAGCAUAGAUGUGAAAAUAUGUAUAUUAAAGUUAAAUAUUUAUUAUGUUUGGUUAUAACAUACGGCAGUGUUAUAGAAGAGCAGAGGACGGACAUCUCUAACCAUCCAGCUUGGAUAGAACUUGACCAAUACGAUUGUGGUUUUAGCGUAGCUGAUCGAAUCAUCGGAGGUUUAAAUGCCUCUUUAGGUCAAUUUCCUUGGAUUAUACGUAUUGGUUAUAAAAUUGAUGGAGAAGAUGAGCUAGAUUGGUUGUGUGGUGGAGCCCUAAUAUCCGAUCGACAUAUCCUUACAGCAGCUCACUGUCUACAAACCGCUGGGGAAUAUGAAGUAUCGACCAUACGUUUGGGUGAAUAUAACACGGAGACAAAUCCGGAUUGUCAGUUACAAGUGUGUGCACCCCCGUACCAAGAUAGAAGAAUGAGAACAAAGCGAAUUCAUCAGAACUUCAAUACACCUCCCUUUCACAAUGAUAUCGCUUUAAUCCUUCUUGAUAGACCAGUGGAGUUAAAUGAUUAUGUGACUCCAAUAUGUUUACCCAGAGACGAGGAAUUAGCUGACUUAAAAAUUGGUGAGAUAUUAACAGUGGCAGGAUGGGGUAAAAUGAACAUGACGACAGAGGAACGCGCAAAAAUAUUACAAUUUGUUUCGAUCCCAAUAGUAAAACCAGAAACUUGUGAGACUUUUGGUAAAGGCUUCAAACUGUCAAGAUCAGAAAUAUGCGCAGGCGCACAAUUAAAUAAGGAUGCCUGUGGUGGCGACUCAGGAGGUCCACUGAUGAAGGUAUUUGACACACUGGAAGGACCCAAAAGUUUUCUUAUGGGUGUCGUGUCAUUUGGCCCUACUAUAUGCGGAAUAAGAAAACCUGGAGUGUAUGCUUCUGUACCCCAAUUUAUGAAAUGGAUUUUAGAUAAUAUUGAAAUGUUAUAGCUUUA